AUGGGGUCUGUCGGAGAAAACAACAAGCGCACGGCUGAGCCGGAGUCCUCCAUUGUGGUAGUUGAGCAGCAUCAAGAGACCGACGACAUCAAUACCGACGGCCACCCCGAUGCGCCCAUACAAGAUGCUAGACUACAAGAGUUGGAGGAGGACUCGUCGUCCACCGAGCUUCCUCGCUUCGUGCAGGAGGAGCGAGGUUGGAAACGCUGGAAGUGGGUGCCCUACCCCGUCCGGCGCUUCGCGAAAGCCACCGUCAAGUGGUCCAAGGGCCCUACCAAUCCUCGCGAUUACAAGAUCAAUCCGCUGUUCCCUGUCGUCCAGCAUGCGCCGCUGUGGUUGCUCGACACAUACCUUCCGCGGAAGAAACACCGAAUAUGGGCUUACCUCGCCUACCUUGCGAUAUGGCUAAUGACGUUUGCGCUCGUGAUGCGCCAGGGCAUCCUCGCUACCGAGAUCGCAGGCUGGGGCGAGCCAGCAGACAUUGGGUGCGGUAACACGUACUGGGUCUCGGGCAAUCGGUGUGGUCUGAAUGGCAAUGAUUGCCGCCCGUUCAAUGGGAGCGGGUUCGCCUUCCGGUGUCCUGCCACUUGCAUUACCUAUCAGGUUCUGAACCCAAGGGCAGUGGGCGACCAGGAGAUUAUAUACCGCCCAUUGGUAAUCGGCGGACCCAGCGAUACCACAGAGACUCCCAUCUAUCGAGGCGAUUCAUUUAUCUGCGGCGCUGCCAUUCAUGCCGGGGUGAUCUCCAAUUCCAAGGGUGGAUGUGGUGUUGUGAGAGUCAUAGGAAAGUCAGAAGACUAUGCCUCGUCGGACAACAACGGGAUCAAGAGCGUCAGCUUUGACUCGUACUUUCCACUCUCCUUCACCUUUGAGGGAGGACUUGGCUGCGCAGCCCGGGAUCCUAGAUGGGCCUUGCUCGGCGUGUCGGUAGCCUUCACUGCUGUCUUGUCUCUCUUCACCACAUCGCCCGGUGUAUUUCUCUUCACCAUCUUUACAGGCAUGUUCAUUCACGUUGGCAUGGCUUCAGACCCACCAGGCCACUACUCGAUUCCGGACUUGAUCACGAACCUGAUUGGCAAAUACUUGCCAGCGAUGUUCACUGUCUGGGUCAUGUACGACAAGAUGGGCGUGAGACGGACAUUGAAGGGUCUUACAGCGCAGAUCGAGAAGACGGUCCUCUGGCUUGGAGCGUGCUGGGUGGGCGCUCUCACGAAUUACACCUUUGACUUCAUCCCGAUCCAGAGGCUCACCCCGCAUGACAUCCAGCAGCAACCUGGUGCCAAGGCCGCUUUGGCUAUAAUUAUCAUCGUACUCGUGGUGCUUGUCGUCAAGCAAAUAUGGUAUUUCCGACAAGAGGGCCGUCUAAUUCGCUACGGGAAACUCUACCUCAUGUUUAUUGGUGGGAUCAUCGUGUGCCUCAUUCUCCCAGACUUCAAGCUCCGCAUCCAUCAUUACAUCCUCGCUCUGCUUCUACUGCCCGGAACGAGCAUGCAGACACGGCCAGCACUGCUGUACCAAGGCCUACUUAUUGGCUUCUUCAUCAACGGCAUAGCACGCUGGGGAUGGGACCCUGUCCUGCAGACGGCCUAUUCGCUGCAGGGCGAUGCGCCGAGCAACUCACCACUUCCGGCCCUCAUCAGUGCGCCAGCUAUUCAGCUCGGUGCAAACCUAUCUACGAUCACUUUUGGCUGGAAGAUGCCGACACAGAUAAGAUACGACGGUAUCAGCGUGCUGGUAAAUGAUGUUGAGCGUUUCAGGGGCUACUACAAUGAUGACGGGAGCUGGAUAGGAAACUGGACCUGGACUCGAAAUGGCGACCAAGAUGUCAGGGAGUAUUUCCGUUUCGCAUACAUGGAAGGCAGCAAGAGUUGGGACUACACUCGUGCGGGAACGUGGACCGCAGACGGUGAAUGGUUGGAUAUGCCGCCAGGCCCGUCGAGGGUGAGGAGUCGUAGCGUAGACGGUGAAGAGAGAGUUGUCUUUGGAUAG